UCUUGCUUCCCACCUUCUCGCCUGGAAGAGGUAUACCGACUCCAUGUCUCUCCUUACCCCGCGCGACGGCGCCGCCCUUGCGCUCGUGUCCUUCAUUCUCUACCGAGCUGCGCGUCAGGCGCUGCGGAAGCCCCUUCCGCCCGGUCCUCCGGGCUAUCCGCUGCUGGGCAACGUCUUCGACAUGCCCAAAGGCCGGAUGUGGGAGACGUUCAAGCAAUGGGGCGAGAAAUUCUGUCCCGAACUGACCUCCUGCGUAGGCCCCGUAGUCUCCGUGACCGUCCUCGGACAGGUCAUCGUCGUACUCAACGACCACAAGAUCGCCGACGAGCUCCUCAGCAAGCGCGGGCAGAUCUACUCCGACCGGCCCACGAUGCACAUGGCCGAGCUCGCGGGGUACGACCGCGCGCUGUCGAACUCGCACUACGGCCCGCGCGUGCGCGAGUGGCGGAAGUUGUUUGCGCGUGUUAUUGGAACGCGCGAGCAUGUCGCGCGGUUCAAUGAGGUGGAGGAGUAUCAGGCAGCGAUGUUCAUCAAUCGUGUUCUGGCGGAUCCUGAGGAGUGGUAUGAUGCGACGAGAAAGACCUUCGCUGCGCUAAUUUUGCAUAUUGCCUAUGGGUACAAGAUCGAAGAGAAGGGGGUCGACCCGAUGAUAGCGCUUGCAGAUCAGGUCAUGAAAGAGUUCUCGGAGAUCACGCAGCCUGGCGCGUACUUCGUCGACUUCUUGCCGAUCCUCAAAUCGCUUCCGGACUGGCUUCCCGGCACCGGCUUCAAGGAGACAGCUAAAGCUUACAAGAAGACGCUAGACGACGUGGGCGAACUACCAAUCGCGCACGUAAGGGAAGAGCUAGCUAAAGGCGCCCCGAACACCUCCUUUGUCGGCACGCUUAUUCGAGAAGAGCCCAAUCUUACGCCCGAACGACUUUUCGACAUAACUUGGGCUGCCGCCGCGUUUUACUCGGGCGGCGCUGAGACAUCCGUCUCCGUCAUUCAGAGUUACUUCCUCGCCGUAUGCAAGUACCCCGAAGUGCAAGCCAAGGCCCAAGCCGAGCUCGACACCGUGAUUGGGCGCGAACGACUGCCGACACCAGCCGACAGAGACUCACUCCCUUACAUUGGGGCAAUAUGCAAGGAGCUAGAUCGAUGGAUCCCGGUGGCGCCCUUAGCCUUCCCGCACUGCACCACCGCGGACGACAUCUACGCUGACUAUCUAAUCCCGAAAGGGUCGAUGGUCUUCCCCAACGUUUGGAAAUUCUUGCACGAUCCGGCGAUAUACGAGGAGCCCUCGGCCUUCAAGCCAGAGCGUUUCCUAGGGUCCAAUCCCGCGCCCGAUCCCCGUGACAUGGGUUUCUUCGGAUAUGGGAGGAGGCAGUGCCCAGGCAGCCACCUCGCUGACGCGAGCGUGUGGAUGCACGUCGCGCAUGCGGUCGCUGCGCUCGAUAUAUCUAAGGCCACCGACGCGGCGGGCAACCCGAUUGAGCCCAGCGGCGACACAGACGAUGGGCUAAUCCUGCGGCCAUUGCCCUUUGCGUGCAAGAUUCGGCCCCGCUCUUCCGAUGCAUUGCGCUUGAUCAAGGAGCGCAUAGACCGGGGGUCCGACUAACGCACGUCGUGGCCAGGGCCGAUGUUAGAAAGGUCGCCAAGUCGCCGAAAUGUCGUUCAUGCGCUUCAGGGUCGGAGUGUUUGUUGGUGGCCCGGCGGUUCAGUUCGCGGCCGCUUCGUCGUGAGAAUUGUGUACGUACGCCGGAUGUUCGAGUUUUCUGUAGAUUGUAUGGCUUCCACUGGGAUUUCUUGUACCUCUUC